AUGGGAUACGCAACGACCUGGUGCGGUCAUCUAACGCAAGAUGCCCUUAUAAACCUCAUUCUCACCGAUCCUCACUCUCCAGAACGAUAUCGGGUUAAUCAGGUGCUCGCCAAUCAGCCAGAGUUUGCAGCUGCUUUCAAAUGUGCAGUUGGCACUCCAAUGAAUCCUACAGAACGCUGUGCUGUUUGGUAA